GCCAAAGCGCUCCUACAGGAGGCUGUCACAGCUGCCAUGGCUGAGCAGGGCCAAGGCCGGAAAGGCCGAGGCAAAGGCCAACGCAAAGGCACCCCUCAGAAUCUCUCCAGCGACCUGGUGGGCGAUGGCGCCGGUGGCCGCGCUGGUUUUCAAGAAGGAAUUUGCAAAUGGUACGCUGCAGGCUUCUGCAAGUUCCAUUCCGAGACGGGCUGCAAAAACGGGCUGCACGACGCCGAAGCGGCCUUGAAGGCGGAGGCAGAUUGGGUGGCCCAGGGGCCAGCCAGUUGCAACCCCGACGAGGUGAAACGGCCCAUCCUACUACUGCUCGAUUUGGAAGGCGGUGGUAAUAAG